AUGAAUACGAAUGCAACGAAGCGAUAUUCAGCAGCCCUGGGUGGAAGACCCAAAUGUGCUCUGGUUGCCGCAAAAACGAAGGCCGCGCCGCUAAAACCGCUUACCAUCCCACGUCUGGAGCUGCAAGCGGCGAUGAUCGGGGCAAGAUUGAUGAAUUCCACCCUAAGUUCAUUAGACUUCGAAGUAAGCAAGCAUUUCUUCUGGACCGAUUCUUCAACGGUUCUCAGCUGGUUACGCUCCGAUAGUCGACGCUACCACCAGUUUGUAGCCUUCCGAGUAGGAGAAAUCCUCACUACCACUAACGUGGAUGAGUGGCGUCACGUUCCGUCGAAAGUAAACAUCGCCGACGUAGCCACGAAAUGGAAAGACGGGCCAUGUUUCGACCCAAAUGAUCCGUGGUUUAGUGCUCCGGAAUUUCUGUACCAAACCAAAGAGAAGUGGCCGCCAGAGGCACCAGAAAAGCUGACAGAGACUGAAACCGAACUACGUGCCGCUUUCCUGUUUCACGGUAUAAUACCGCAAAUUGCGGUGAAAUUCAAUAGGUUUUCCAAGUGGAAUCGACUACUGAGGACGACAGCUUAUGUUCUACGAGCUGUGCGUAGAUUCAGAGGAGAGAAGCCGUCCAAUCCGUAUAUUUUGUCGCAGAAAGAGUUAGCUGACGCAGAAACCGCCAUAUGGACACAGAUUCAAGCCGAAACAUAUCCAGACGAGUACGCGAUUCUGCAGCGCAAUCUAGCGAGUCCCCUAAAUCACGUUCCUAUCCCAAAAUCGAGUCCACUAUAUGGUCUUUCAGCGUUUCUAGACGAGCGUGGCGUCAUCCGAAUGAACAGCAGGAUUUCUACUGCACCGUCUCUGACGAAGGAUAUGAAGUAUCCGAUCGUGCUACCGAGGAAGCAUAAUGGCGUCUACCUCCUAGCUGAAAGCUACCAUCGGAAAUUUCUUCACGCAAACCGCGAGACUGUCGGUAAUAAGAUGCGUCAGCGGUUCUGGAUACCGGGUCUACGAGUUUUGAUCCGUCAGCGUUCGAAGAAAUGUAUGACCUGCCGUGUUAGGAAAGCUGAACCAGCACCUCCAAUGAUGUCAGCACAUCAAACGUUCCGAGUGACAGGAAUGGUUAGACCGUUCACACACACUGGAGUGGACUACUUGGGACCAAUACUGGUGAAGCAAGGCCGCAGCUUGGCUAAAAGGUGGGUGGCGUUAUUCACCUGCCUCACAAUACGCGCCGUACAUUUGGAGGUAGUUCACAGCCUGUCCACUCAGUCCUGCGUGAUGGCGAUCAGGCGAUUCGUAGCACCAGAGUCCUUCUACAGCGACAACGGGACGAAUUUUCUGAGAGCAAACAACCUGCUACGAGUUCAGAUCCAGAAUAACCACGAAGACUGUGCGAUGACAUUUACGAACAGUAAUACAAGCUGGAACUUCAAUCCACCAUCAGCACCGCAUAUAGGAGGCUCCUGGGAGCGCAUGGUGCGCUUCGUGAAGCUGGCCAUAGCGGCCAUUGCGGAUCACCCCCAUCAUCCUAGCGACGAGGUUUUGGAAACUGUGGUUCUCGAGGCAGAGUCGAUCGUCAAUUCCAGACCACUUACAUACAUUCCCCUGGAGUCUACGGAGCAGGAGUCACUCACGCCAAACCACUUUCUGCUAUUUGGCACCAAGGGCAUAUCUCAACCAGGGAUAUCUAUGAAGGUGGAAGGAAAUACCCUACGGGACAGCUGGCGCUUAGCGCAGUGCUUGGUGAAUCAUUCCUGGAGUCGCUGGAUUCGAGAAUACCUGCCAACCAUAACCAGGCGUACCAAGUGGUUUGAACCGGUCAAGCCGUUGGAAGCAGGAGACCUCGUUCUUGUCAUCGAGAAUGGAAAGCGCAACGGAUGGUUACGAGGCAGAGUUGUAGACGUGAUGAAGGCGAAGGAUGGACAAGUUCGGCGAGCAUUCGUGAUGACGAAGUAUGGGCUGCUCAACAGGCCUGCAGUGAAGUUGGCAGUUCUGGAUCUUCAGACACCUGGGGAUGGUCCGGAACUUCACGGGCAGGGGGAUGUUACGGACGUUAGCCGUACGCUCCACAGAGGAGAGUGA